AAAAAUCAAAUGGGAGGAGGAAAAAAAAAACCAAUUUCCGCGUAGCCUGCUGUACUCCAUUUUCAUCAACCACGACUGUUCCUAAAAGAAGAAGAAAUAUUGAACAAAUAAAAGAAAGGGAAACAGAAGGGGGAGGAAAAACUCUCUUUAGUCAACAAAGAGAGAUCUUUGAUCUCUAACUUGGCUUCUCUUUUUUCUCUCCAAGAACCCAGAAAGCAUGGUGUUGAAUCAAAGCUUUUGCUUCAGCUUUUCAAUUCUCUUCUUCUUCCUUUUGAUGGGUUUUCCUGCUUCUUCUUCUUCUUCUUCUCCUACUUUCAUUUCAGAUGGUAUCUUUGAAUCUCAGGCUUCAAUCGGCCGGAACCUACUGCAGGCCAAGAAAGGCUGUCCAGUGAACUUUGAGUUUUUGAACUACACUGUUAUCACAAGCCGAUGCAAAGGACCACAGUACCCUGCUGCCCAGUGUUGUGCUGCAUUCAAGGAAUUGGCUUGUCCUUAUACAGAUGUGCUGAAUGACUUGACAAAUGAAUGUGCUUCAAUUAUGUUCAGCUACAUUAACCUCUAUGGAAACUACCCACCGGGGCUUUUUGCCAAUGAGUGCCAUGACGGGAAGGAAGGUCUUCUAUGCCCUGCAUUACCACCAUCAACUUCGGCUGACGAUGUAAAUGGUGUUCAUACCACAUGCAAUCAAUCUCCAUUGCUAAUGCUCACAGCUGGUUUCGUAGUAUUGUUAUUUGGGUUAUUAUGAAUGUCAAGACCAUUUUCAGCCAUUUAGUAUAUUUAGACUUGUGAGGAAGUUACAAUUUUUUCAUUCAUCGGGUUUUCAUUCAUGUUUUACCACAAGUGCUAGAGCUAAUACCGUUGUAAUAAGAUACUUUCCAUUGAUUUCAAUGCAUCAUUUUGUGGUGGCA